CUGCCCGGUCACCGCGCGGGGCGUGGCUCCUCCUGACCACCUCCCGCGCGUGCUCCCCGGCUUCGUUCCCGCCAGCUUUUUAAGUUUCAUUUCCAGCCGCAACGGCUGGUUUCUCUUCCACCCGCCUUUUCCCGAAGCGGAGCAAACUUCCGAGUAGCAGAGAGAGCCAGCCAUGGAUCCUCGGCGCGGAAAGGCGACGCGGACAGCUUCGAAGGCCGGAGCUGCGGCACCCAAGGUUUCUGCGCCGAGGGCGAAAGGCGCCCUAACGAAGCCCACCGAGUCUCGGGUCGACCCCGAGGAUGCCCGGCCCGACGCGCAGAAGUGCGGCUCCACCAGGGCAUCGGGAUCCCAGCGGAAGAAGAGCGCCCCAGGCCCCCAGGAGAGGCCUGAGGUAGGCGCGCGAAGUGCCAGCUCCACGGGGGCAUCGGGAUACCAGCGGAAAAAGAGCGCCCCGGGCCCCCAGGAGAGGCCUGAGGUAGGCGCGCGAGGUGCCGGCUCCACGGGGGCAUCGGGAUACCAGCGGAAGAAGAGCGCCCCGAGCCCCCAGGAGAGGCCUAAGGUAGGCGCGCGAGGUGCCGGCUCCGAUAAGGCGCCUCUGAGCGCCGAGGACGCGGUGGAUGGGCCGGCGGGUCUGACGGAGGGACCGGAGCCUCCCCUUUCCAGGACUGGAUCGCGCCGUGACGGGGGCGCACGCGCCGCUCGGGAGCGGAGACCCCCGCCCGCCCUCACGGAGGUCUCUGACUUCCACUCGCUGGUCCGAGUCCCUAGUCUCUGCCAAGGGAAGGCGGUGUCCAUCGGCUGUAAACUCCGGGCGGUGCUGAAGAAGUUGAGGCUGAGCCUCCCGGAAAUCUCAGAGGCUGCAAAGAUUGUGAACAGGGUUGUGGAGCAACUGCUACAAAGACUGCGAAGCGUUGAGUCGGAGUUCAGAGGUGUGACGCUGCUGAGCACGGGGAGCUACUACGAGCACGUGAAGAUUUCUGCUCCUAAUGAAUUUGAUGUUAUGUUCAGACUGAAGGCCCCCAGAAUUGAACUAGAAGAAUAUUGCAACAGUGGUGCUUAUUACUUUGUGAAGUUCAAAAGAAUUCCUGGAGGAAAUCCUCUGAGUCGGUUUGUAGAAAAGGACAAAUUAUCAGCAUCUUUGAUGCUGAAUGAGUUUAGGAAAAUCAUUAAGGAUGAAAUUAAAAACAUUGAAGAUACAGAUGUCAUUUUGGAGAGGAAGAAGCUCGGGUGCCCUGCUGUAACACUUCUUAUUAGAGAACCCAAAGAAAUAUCUGUGGAUUUAAUCUUGGCUUUGGAAGUAGAAGGCAGCUGGCCAGCUAACACCCAGGAAGGCCUACCUGUCAAUACAUGGCUUGGAAGAAAAGCUAGGAAUGAUCUAAAACUAAAGCCAUAUUAUGUGGUACCCAAGCAUGCAAAGGAUGGCAAUAGUUUUCAAGAAGAAACAUGGCGGAUAUCCUUCUCUCACAUUGAAAAGCUCAUUUUGGGUAAUCAUGGAAAUUCUAAAACAUGCUGUGAAGAAAAUGGAGAGAAGUGUUGCAGGUAA